UGUCGGGCAAAAUCAGGUGGGCCUGUAGCGGGCUGGAAUUUGGACACAAACGGAAAAUAGGUCUACAAUUUUUGGAGCAUUCUUUAUUUUCACAACGAAACAGUUAGAUGGCGCCUUUUUCAUUAUUCCUCCAAUUCAUAUUCUAGGGUUUUCGAAUAGUAACUAUUUCAGGAGUUGAGUGCUUUUGAGCAUUCUUGGACUUGCCCUAAUUCAAAUAUAGUGGAAAUUUCAGAUGAGCGAAGCAUUGCAUUAGCCAAUGGCGUUCUCUUUCACUCCACAGGCACAACAACAGCCGUCACUAUUCCAAACUCCUGGCCAACAACAGUCUUCGCCAUUCCAAACUCCGGGGCAGCAACAAUCGUCGCCAUUCUCGCAGAUCACUCCCUUUUCGCAACAACAACAACAACAGCAAUUUCAAUUUCAACAGCAGCAGCAACAACAACAGCAACUGCAAUUGCAGCAGCAACAACAACAAUUGCUGCAGCAACAGCACUCACAGCAGCAACAUCAAUUGUACCUUUUCACCAACGAUAAGACGCCUGCCACCUACAGUACCAAAUGGGCAGACCUCCAUCCUGACUCACAGAAAGUCCUGUUGCAAAUUGAGGAGAGAGUACUGGAAUACAGGGAUGAAAGCCAAAGGCUUGACCAGUGUAGCCGACUUUUUGAUUCAUCAGUCUCCAAUGAUGGUUUUGAAUUGGAUGCAAGUCGCAGCAUUCAGGAACUUGGUGGAGUUAGUACAUCAAUGGAAAGGCAAAAGGCUAUCUUGCAAGAGUUAAUGACCGUUGUUAAAGAUAUGCUGCGCAAUACAGAGGUUGCGGUGCGUUCUUUUAUGAUGUUACGACCAAGGUUUCUUCAUCAAAGUGCACCUGCUGUUGCAAGUGCUACUGCUCCAUCACAGGCAUCAGGCGCAACUGUAGCUCCAACAGCGUCUAGUCAAGUGCAGUCUAACCCCAGUGUGCCAGUUUUUGAUUUUUACAGUGGAAUACCAAAAAAGCCCUCUCCCUUUUUGCAGCACACAGUAGCAAGAUUUGAGAAAUAUCUUGUAGAAUGCAGGCAAUGGGUUGAAGAAUUGGAGCAGUUGAUGGUCUUAGAUUCUGACAGCAAUUCUACGAACUCCAGUUCGUCUUUGUUGCAGUCUCUUCCAAAAGUCAUGUCAGAUGUGCAUGGCUUUUUUGUUCAUGUUGCUGCAAAGGUAGAGAGCAUUCAUCAGUACAUUGAAUCAAUGAAAACAGCAUACCUGGCUGAUCAGCGCCGUCGAGGGGAUGGGAGCGAUCCUUUUCUUGAGGCUGAUCGGCGGGAAACAGCUAAACAGGAGGCAGCUGCUAAAAGGGUACAUCCAACAUUGCAUUUGCCUGCAAUUCCACAACCAUCAACUCAAGUAGCAGGAUUGAUUUCUAGCUCAGCAGCAUCUGGGGUAUCCAGCACACCACAAACGUCAUCUGCAGUUCCUUCUGCCUCAGCUGGAAGUGGAUCCUCACUCUUUGCUACCCCAUCCGUUGCUUCUUCAUCUUCUUCCCUGUUUACUACUCCAACAGCUCCCGUUUCCUCUUUGUUCGGAACAUCUGGUGCUUCCCCUCAAACUUCACUCUUUGGGUCCUUGUCUACUUCAACUCCUGCCUCUAGUACUCCAUUAUUUGGUUCUACCCCCGCUUCUGGAGUUCCUAGUUUUUCAACACCUUUUGCUUCAGGUGCUGCACUAGCAUCAGGGGCAAGCUUUGGGACACAAUCUAAGGCUAGAGCUAAAAGUCGUACAGGCAGACGCUAGAGAAUAUGUUUGGUAAUUCAGACAUCGACUGUCAUUAAUCUGAGAUUUUUAAUGGAUGCAAAUCUCUUUGCUGCAGCACACUUAUUACCUGUCACAGUAGCCUUGCAAGCUCAAGCAAUUUGACAAAUCAUGAAAUGACGCAGUUUACCUACCUCCAGUUCCAUUGGCCUGUUUCAUUAUUGUGGACCGCUAUUUCUGCAGAGAUGUACUAUCAUAGGGAUGUUACGGCUAUGUUAUACUAUUUUCAUUUCCCUAAUUCUCCUGACUUAGUGUAUCAAGUUUGAUUUUGUACUCUAGUCUUCUAGAUUUCCGUUGCCCUUUGUAGAAAUGAAACAGGUUAUAUUUGUAAUCGUCGGGAUCUAACUUCCAGCUGGCAUCAUUUCCUUGACAGAGGAAGAUUGUGUAAACACUUGAGAUCUCAUUUGUGGUAGACGCAUUUCCCCCUCAAUUUAUAAGCCCUCUUCUUACGGUUUUACA